AUGUCAGAAGAAAAAACUACCUCGAUUAAAAUUGAACCACUAGAAUAUUCAGCAGAAGAUCCUCAAAAUGAAGAGGAUAUUAAGUCUGAAUCUUGUUCAGAGAAUGGAGAAACAUGUCUGGAAAGAUUUAUGAAUUCUAAAAUAACUGUAGAGGAAGAAAUCAAACAGGAAUUAAUGCAGGCUCCUAUAAACCCUUUCUACGAGGACGACGAUGAUUUAGAUUUAUUAAAGUUUGUGGAUGUUGAAAGAAAUAAGGGUUAUCUUGACAAAGUGGUUCCAUUGUAUGACGAGGCACAGUUUAUGGAACACUUUAGAGUUAGCAGAAAUGUUUGUAAACAAAUAUCUGACCGAUAUAAAGCAAGUGCAAUCUACAAUUUAAAUACAUAUAGAAUAUAUGGAAAAAUAAGUGCUUUACAUCAGGUGCAGAUUUUUUUGUGGUUUGCGGGACAUGAAAGUGCCAGCUACAGGGAUGUCAGUGAUCGUUUUGAUAUCACUUUAAGUUCUUUGCAUAGAAUAAUUCGAAGAGUUACUUCUUUUCUAAGUUGUAUCAGUUCUGAAUUUAUAAAGUGGCCAAAUCAUGAAGAAAAGUUAUUGAUUGCUGAAGGAUUUUUACAAAAAGGAUUUCCUAAUGUAAUUGGAGUAAUCGAUGGGUGCCACAUACGAAUAAACACACCUGCAAAGGAUUCAAGAUCUUUUUUAAACCGAAAAGGAUACUGUUCCAUAAAUAUGCAAGCUGUUUGUGAUGAUCAGAACAAAAUUAUUGAUGUUUUUAUUGGAUGUCCUGGUUCAGUACAUGAUGCCAGAGUAUUCAGAAGAUCGAAUUUGGGUUUAAAUUUAAAUCGAAAAUGUGGUCGAUAUUUUUUAUUAGGAGACGCAGCCUACCCGCUGAAAACAAAUUUAAUGACACCAUUUCGAAAUAUUAAUUCUCUAACGCAAACCCAGAAAAAUUUUAAUAAAAAACUUAACAGUGCUCGAAGUACUAUUGAACAUACAUUUGGAGCAUGCUGUGUUUUACACAAUUGGAGCAUAAAAGAAAGUUUUGAAUGUUUGCAGAGAAGCCAAAAUCUUUCUCGCUUGAACAUUGAGUCUUCGGUUGAAGAUGAAGUUAAUGCCGAAGAAAUAAAUGCCCGAUUGCUUCGCGAUCAGAUAGCAGCUGCUUUACUAUAA